AUGCCGUCGUCUGCCUCGACCAAAGCCACCGGAAAAAAACCUACACGGUCGGCAGUCGGUGCUCCAUCGCAGCAUAACCAACCGAGCCGGAAGGGCAAGAAGGCAUGGCGAAAAAAUGUCGACAUCCAAGAAGUCGAGGCGGGGAUGGAGGAAUUGCGAAAGGAGGAGCGCGCCACAGGGACAUACCUCCACAAACAAGAGGACAAUCAGCUAUUCGUCGUUGAUGUCCAGGGCGACGAUAAAAUCCGACAUAUCGUCCCCAAGUUCAAGUCUUCCGAGCUGACAUCCACGAAAAUCCUCAAAGAGCGCUCGGCUGUGCCCGCUGUCUUUUCACGACCCAGCACCUCUUCAUCCAAGAAACGGAAAGCACAUUUAACUGCAGAGGAGAAGGAACGACUAUUACGGAUCUCAAAACGGCCGCGGAAAGGCCCUCUGAACUCGCUGGUGGAUCCGACUGAGUUUGGCAACGGGAGUGCGAGUCUGGAAUUGAGCGAAGCGGUGAAACUGAGCGGCGGCUAUGACGCUUGGGCAGCUGUACCGCCGGAGGAAAUCAAAGAUGGGUUGGAGACGGUUCAGCCCAAGCAUAUCAAGGCACCCAAACACUCGAACCCCAGAGAUGCUAUUGAAGUUCCUGCGAUUGUGGACCCUCACCAAGGAACAUCUUAUAAUCCAACUCCGGAUGCUCAUAAUGAGCUGUUAAGGGCUGCGGUCGAAGCCAAAUUCGAGCGUGCAAAAGACAACUUCGUCGAAGAUGUCCCGGGGGUACCUUCAGGCAUGAAAGUCGACGAGCCAGUCAAUGAUAGUGAAGAGGACGAAGAAACAGAGGUCGUUCCAAAAUCGAUACCCCAGCGCAAAACGAAGGCACAGCGAAACAAGGCUGCGAGGUUAUUGGCAGAGAAACGGGCACUUUUAGAAAAGGUUCGAAGGAAAAGAGAACUUGCACUAGUACAAGACAUUCGCCAACUGCGAAAGACAGCGAACCAGACGAAAACCGCACGUGAGCAACGACAACGAAUACGGGAAGCGGCAUUGAAAGCCAAGCUGAAGAAGGAUGGGCUGGCUGGCCAGAAGUUGGGCAAACAUCGUGUUCCUGUUGGCGAGGUGGAUGUGCAAUUGGGUGACGACCUCAGCGAGAGUCUGCGUGGGCUCAAGCCAGAAGGCAACCUUUUCCGUGAUCGAUUCACUAGUCUGCAACAACGGGCGCUAAUAGAGCCGCGGGUCCCCGUUAUGCCCAAACGACGAAAACAUCGGAUGGUGGAGUACGAGAAACAUGCGUGGAAGCGAUUCGACCGCGAGCAACAGUAG